CACUGCCAGAGCCAGAAUAAUCACAAUAGACAGCUAAAUAAUCCGAGAAAAACAAGUAGAUAAUCCCAAUUUUUCUCAACUAAUCUCUCUCUAAUUAUUAUUUAUCAUUCAUUUUAAUUUUCACUUUCUCUCUCCCUGCUUAACACUGACAAGAAGAAAAAAGAACAAUAAUAAUGCAAACAAUGGUAGUAUAUAGAGCCCAUCGAGAUCGACGUGCAACGCAGGGUUUGCUUGCCGAAUAAGGUUGAAGAACAAUUCUGAGCUCAAUGGAACGUUAGGAUUAGAAACUGCGUUCGAAUCUUCAAAAGCUGCAACUACUACUUCAGUCUUCAAGUACUUUUGGGAUUUGGGUUCUUUAGUUUGCGUGUUCUAGAAGAAAUGGCGUCCAACUUCUGCACUUUUCUCUUUUCUUCUCUGUUUCUCACUUCGCUUCUGCUCAUUCUGCUGGCUGUUACGAUCCGGCUCCCGCGUUCCUGACCCAUUUGAAGGGAAAGAAUUGCUGAGAUUGUACAUUGUAAUCACCUUCAAGACAUUUCACCAUUCAUCAGCAUACUCUAUGAAGAUACUCUCAUUUCUUCUGGCAUUAACAUUUCUAUUACUCCUGCUUUUCAUUUCCUAUACUAGUGCUGAUCUAUAUUCCGACAAACAAGCCCUUCUUAAAUUUGCUGCUGCAGUUCCUCAUAGCAGGAAACUUAAUUGGAAAUCUACUACCCCUGUAUGCACUUCUUGGGUUGGUAUCACUUGCAAUACAAAUGGCUCCCAUAUAGUUGCUGUACGCCUACCUGGUGUUGGACUCUAUGGUCCCGUUCCAGCCAACACACUUGGAAAGUUGGAUAACCUUGUGAUCCUCAGUCUUCGUUCCAACCUCCUUACUGGAGAACUUCCAUCAGAUUUACUCUCCCUUCCUUCCCUUCAAAAUGUGUACCUCCAAUAUAACAAUUUUUCAGGAAGUAUUCCUUCAUCUUUCUCUCGCCAACUUAACUCACUUGACCUCUCCUUCAAUUCAUUCACAGGCAAUAUUCCUCUCUCAAUACAAAAUUUAACUAACCUUAGUAGUUUGAACCUCCAAAGCAACUCCCUUACAGGACCAAUACCUGAAAUCAACAUCUCAAGCCUCAAACAGUUGAAUUUGAGCUGCAACCACUUGAAUGGUUCAAUUCCAUCUAUCCUCCAUAAGUUCCCUACCUCCUCCUUUGAGGGGAAUAAUAUGCUAUGUGGACCACCACUAAACCAAUGUUUGGUAUUUAUGCCCUCCCUUUCUCCUUCUCCUUCUCCUUCUCCCACUUUUUUACCGUCCCCUCCAAGCAGCUCUAAAGAACCGGCAAAUAAUUCCAAGAAGAAACUAAACACUGGGUCGAUUGUUGCCAUUGCAAUUGGAGGAUCUGUGGUGCCACUAUUUUUAUUUCUGAUGAUACUAAUAUGCUGCUUGAAGAAAAAAGAUACUGAAGACAAUGGUGCGCUAAAAGUAAAGGGUGCAAGGAGUGAGAAGCCUAAGGAAGACUUUGGAAGUGGAGUGCAAGAUGCCGAGAAGAACAAGUUGGUAUUUUUUGAAGGUAGUACUUACAAUUUUGAUCUUGAGGAUUUAUUAAGAGCUUCAGCUGAAGUACUAGGAAAAGGAAGUUAUGGGACAACCUAUAAGGCCGUACUGGAAGAGGGAACAGCAGUUGUUGUGAAGAGGUUAAAAGAAGUGGUGGCAGGGAGAAGAGAGUUUGAGCAGCAAAUGGAAGCGGUGGGAAGAGUUGGUCAGCACCCAAAUGUCAUUCCUCUCUGUGCUUACUACUACUCCAAGGAUGAGAAACUCCUUGUUUACGACUAUGUAGCAGCUGGAAGCUUUUUUGCAUUUUUGUAUGGCAGCAGUAGUUUUGGACGAACUCCACUAGACUGGGAAUCCAGAGUAAAGAUUUCCCUUGGAGCUGCAAGAGGCAUUGCCCAUAUCCAUUCUGCUGGUGGGGGGAAAAUCAUUCAUGGCAACAUUAAGUCCUCCAACGUACUCCUCACUCAAGACCUCCGUGGCUGCAUUUCAGAUUUUGGCUUAGCUCCUAUAAUGAGUUACCCUUCGGUCCCAUCUAGAUGUGCAGGCUACCGAGCUCCUGAGGUAAUUGAAACUCGAAAAUCCACUCAAAAAUCUGAUGUCUACAGUUUUGGUGUUCUCCUCCUUGAGAUGCUGACAGGCAAAGCCCCGGUCCAAUCAACAGGGCACGAUGAUGUGGUAGAUCUUCCAAAAUGGGUCCAGUCUGUUGUUCGAGAGGAAUGGACGGCUGAGGUGUUUGAUGUGGAGCUAAUGAGAUACCGUAAUAUUGAGGAAGAGAUGGUGCAGAUGCUUCAAAUAGCAAUAGCCUGUGUAGCAAGAGUGCCAGACAUGAGACCAACCAUGGAAGAAGUGGUUAGGAUGAUUGAAGAAAUCAGGCAGCCUGAAUCUGCGAGACACCCAUCAGGGGAGAACAAGGGAUCAAAUACUAAUUUCCCAUAAUCAAUUUAUCCAUGAUUUGUGUUUGGAGUUUUUUUUGAUGCCAGUUCAAGAAACCUAAACUGCUUCUGGUGAGGCUGUUAACAAGUGUCCAAAGAGUAACUCCACAUGUAAGUAUUUUCUCAGGGUUAAACAUUUGUCCAGUGGUUAUCCUUUUAGCAUUUUAGCUUGCAAGUAUCUUCUGACUGGCAUUUGUUUCUUCUCAGUGAUUAUUGUAACCAAGUUCUACAAAAUAUUCUCAUAGGUUGACUA